AUGGCUGGCGAGAAAUGUCUAACCUUUUGUGCAGCUGUGGCCUUCUUGACUAUAUAUCAUGGCAUGAUAACCGGAUCGCUUGCGCAAGACGGAGGUUUAUCCGGCGAUGUCAGCACGGGCGUCGCGGCAGUUUGUGGUACCUGCACGAUCGACUACACGCCAGUUUGCGGCGAGGACAACAACACCUAUUCAAACAACUGCUAUGCUGAAUGCCUUCUUGGCCAGGGAUCAUGGACUCCGGGUCGAUGUCCGCAUGAGCUGAAUCCGGUCGCAGGGUGUAUCGGCACCGCUAAAUGUGCGAAUAACCCGUGCGAGCAGCGAUGGCCUAGUACGUGCCAGAAUCGCCUGCCUGCGGACGCGGUCUGUUUUUUGAACGCCUGUUCCGGCAUCGAGUACCAAGGACAAUUGUUGGUGCCGUGUGCGCCUCUAUGGGUCGACCCUGCCACUAAGCGUGUCAUUCGCUGCAACGACACAGAGACACAGCCGUGCAAGUGUUCACGGGAAUACAACCCAGUUUGCGGCAGCGAUCGCGUCACUUAUGCCAACAACUGCACAGCUGCUUGUGCUCUUGGCCAGGACGGCAUCUGGACGGAGGGCGAAUGCAAGGCGUCCUGUAUUUGCACCAAGGAGUAUAGACCCGUGUGUGGUAGCGACGGCAGGACGUAUGGCAACAAGUGCAUGGCAGCCUGUGAGCUAGGGACUAACGGCACAUGGACAGAGGGAGCGUGCAGGUCUCCACCACCGCCUUCUUGCAAGUGUUCACGGGAAUACAAUCCAGUUUGCGGAAGUGAUGGCGUCACUUAUGCCAACAACUGCACAGCUGCUUGUGCUCUUGGCCAGGGCGGCACCUGGACAGAGGGCGAGUGCAAGGCGCCCUGUAUUUGCACCGAGGAGUAUAGACCCGUGUGUGGUAGCGACGGCAGGACGUAUGGCAACAAGUGCAUGGCAGCCUGUGAGCUAGGGACUAACGGCACAUGGACAGAGGGAGCGUGCAGGUCUCCACCACCGCCUUCUUGCAAGUGUUCACGGGAAUACAAUCCAGUUUGCGGAAGUGAUGGCGUCACUUAUGCCAACAACUGCACAGCUGCUUGUGCUCUUGGCCAGGGCGGCACCUGGACAGAGGGCGAGUGCAAGGCGCCCUGUAUUUGCACCGAGGAGUAUAGACCCGUGUGUGGUAGCGACGGCAGGACGUAUGGCAACAAGUGCAUGGCAGCCUGUGAGCUAGGGACUAACGGCACAUGGACAGAGGGAGCGUGCCAGGUCCCACCAGCCCUUUUGCAGGCGUCACACCCGUGCCUCGGAAACGUGAAGUGCAAGCGCAAUACGUGCAGCGACGUAUGCGCCAACGUGCCGUCCGGCGCCGUAUGCUUUCAGAACACGUGCACGGGCCAGAGUCUAAAUGGAGAGCCUGUGGAUCCGUGCGCGGCGGUGUGGGUCGACCCGGACACCGGAAAGGCAGUCGUGUGCCCGUUCGAGGCCAUCAAGCCCAACAUCAGCUGCUUUUCCAACGAGACAGUGCAGUGCUUUGUCGACCCCUGUGCCGUCAGCUCUUGUCCAGCCGACCCCACGGCGGGCUGCAUAGCGAACUACUGUGCGAUUGGUACGAUUGGCGACCGACUCAUUGGGCCCUGCGAGGCGGUGUAUGUGGAUUCGGAUGGCAACCCCGUGGAUUGCACGGCUGUCGACUCUGAGCCAGCCAUUACCUGCCCCAAGGGCAAGACGGUACAGUGUUUCGCAGACCCCUGCGCCGUCAGCUCCUGCCCAGCCAACCCCAGCGCCCGAUGCCUAGCCAGCUACUGCUCGGAGGGCACGUUCCAGGGCCAGCCCGUUGGCCCCUGCGAGGCGGUGUACGUGGAUUCGGAGGGCAACCGCGUCAACUGCACGGCACCGUUUGAGGACUGUAUUUGCACCAUGCAGUACGACCCCGUCUGUGGCACCAAUAACCGGACGUACGGCAACGCGUGCGAGGCUGCCUGUGCGAAACAGGAAGUCGCGUACAACGGUCCUUGCAUGUCCCUCCCCAGCUGCCCCAAGGGCAAGACGGUACAGUGUUUCGCAGACCCCUGCGCCGUCAGCUCCUGCCCAGCCAACCCCAGCGCCCGAUGCCUAGCCAGCUACUGCUCGGAGGGCACGUUCCAGGGCCAGCCCGUUGGCCCCUGCGAGGCGGUGUACGUGGAUUCGGAGGGCAACCGCGUCAACUGCACGACAUCGGUUGAUGAUGUUUACGCAUGUGCACCUAACUCUCCUCUGUUCAAGUGCAAUACGCCGCUCCCAUGUGAGAACGCCACCUGCCCCAGCAACCCCGGCGCCAAGUGCAUCGUCAAGCCCUGCAUUGGCACCUAUCGCGGCAUCAACCUGCCCCCUUGCGCGCCCAUCUGGGUAACGAAUGACACGAACGAGCUGGUGUAUACUUGCGGCGCCGUUGCACUGGCCGACACAAUAUGUCCAGCGAGCAAUGCGAAGGUCAGAUGCUCUACGGACCCAUGCUCUGUACCGGCGCCGCCGGGCUGUUCUGGUGCCACUGAGGCAGGCGCCGUCUGCACGGCCGUAUCGUGCAUUGGCGGCGCCCUUCGCGAUGGCACGCCGGUCCGGCCUUGCAGCGCCGUGUGGCGCCAGGCCAACGGCACCCUGUCGGUGUGUAACAGCAAUACCCCAUAUAUCCGGCCGGACUGCAUCUGCCCCGCCCUAUGGCGGCCAGUGUGCACGACGAAGGGUUUCAUGUUUGACAAUCCCUGCAGCGCAAGCUGCCCCAAGGGCAAGACGGUACAGUGUUUCGCAGACCCCUGCGCCGUCAGCUCCUGCCCAGCCAACCCCAGCGCCCGAUGCCUUGCCAGCUACUGCUCGGAGGGCACGUUCCAGGGCCAGCCCGUUGGCCCCUGCGAGGCGGUGUACGUGGAUUCGGAGGGCAACCGCGUCAACUGCACGGCACCGUUUGAGGACUGUAUUUGCACCAUGCAGUACGACCCCGUCUGUGGCACCAAUAACCGGACGUACGGCAACGCGUGCGAGGCUGCCUGUGCGAAACAGGAAGUUGCGUACAACGGUCCUUGCGUGUCCCUCCCCAGCUGCCCCAAGGGCAAGACGGUGGAGUGUUUCGCAGACCCCUGCGCUGUCAGCUCCUGCCCAGCCAACCCCAGCGCCCGAUGCCUUGCCAGCUACUGCUCGGAGGGCACGUUCCAGGGCCAGCCCGUUGGCCCCUGCGAGGCGGUGUACGUGGAUUCGGAGGGCAACCGCGUCAACUGCACGGCACCGUUUGAGGACUGUAUUUGCACCAUGCAGUACGACCCCGUCUGUGGCACCAAUAACCGGACGUACGGCAACGCGUGCGAGGCUGCCUGUGCGAAACAGGAAGUUGCGUACACCGGUCCUUGCAUGUCCCUCCCCAGCUGCCCCAAGGGCAAGACGGUGGAGUGUUUCGCAGACCCCUGCGCUGUCAGCUCCUGCCCAGCCAACCCCAGCGCCCGAUGCCUUGCCAGCUACUGCUCGGAGGGCACGUUCCAGGGCCAGCCCGUUGGCCCCUGCGAGGCGGUGUACGUGGAUUCGGAGGGCAACCGCGUCAACUGCACGGCACCGUUUGAGAGCAUCUAUUCCUGCUCGCCAAACUCGCCCCGCUUCCUGUGCAAGUCUCCGUCUCCGUGUGCGAACGCCACCUGCCCUGCUUUCGCCAACGCCGAGUGCAUAGUCAAGCCUUGCACUAGUACAUACCAUGGUGUUGACUUGCCGGCUUGCUCGGCCAUUUGGUACGAUCCCAUUAUGGACAAGCUGGUGGACGCUGACUCGUGUGAAGGGGCCGCGUUUAAAGAUUGCCAGUGCCCUUACACAUACGACCCCGUCUGUGGCAAGUUUAACCGUACGUACCGGACGUUCCCGAGCAGCUGCGCUGCGACGUGUGCGGGCGUGACCACAAUCCAGAAGACCGGCAAGUGCCAACACUGCAACGGUCAGGAGUGCACCAUUGGCAAGCUGAAUGACUAUUGUAUGCUGCAAGCGCCCAGCGAGACGCAAUGCUGGUCCGUCAAGUACGAGUGCCAGUCAAUCCGGGGCGGCCCCGCCGAUGGCUUCAUUGGUAGCUGCCUUCCCAAGGCCAACAUCAGUAGCCCGGCUGCAAAGAAAGUUGCGCCAACGGUCGCCACUCCCUCCAAUCGCCGCCGGCAUCGCCACUUGCUGGAGGCAAGCGAAGACGUUUAG